AUGUUCACUCUAUCCAGCCUCGUGCAGAAGGCACAGCAGUUGGUCGACCCGACCCAGGGACUGAACCUGACCAACUCCGACAAGAACCCAUCCAAGUCGUCGCUGUUCCAGAACCAGUUCCGUCUCCCCAGUACUCAGACGCCGCUGUACGAGAUCAAUGCCGAAUUGACCAUCCCGCCCGCCAAUGCCACCUAUGGAGGCAAGGACCACGAUCGAGGCUACCACUAUGCUGGCAAGCUACACCUGUCCGAAGGCUACAUGUGCUUCUCCACGACCCCCUCAAGUUUCGUCCAGGGCGCCAGCACUUCAACAAGCUCUGCCUUUACUGGCCAAACACACGGCGGAGGCCCCAGCGGAAACGGCUUCACCUUUCCCCUCUGCGCCAUCAGAAGGGUAGAGAGGCUGAACAGCCAGACCUUCCAGUUUGCCUUGGCGAUUACCACCUGGAAUGGCAUCAACCAGCAAGAGAAGAAGGACAAGGACAAGGAACCCGCCCCCGACAAGGACAAGGACAAGAAGGAUGUUCGGGAACAAAGGAUCACGAUACAUCUUGCCGGUACCCGCCAGGGCUGCGAGCGCUUCUGCGAUGGUCUGAAGAAGGGACUGAGGGCCGGCGUCGGGAAUGUUGGCAAGUACAAAAACGUUACCGGCGAGUGCUAUUCCGAGUACCUACUCCGCUCCGACGACAAGAAGAAUGCGAGCCCGCCCGACGCUGGCCUGGGCAUGCUCUUCCGCUACCCUGGAGACCCUAAGAAGCUCCGCGACAGGGCCAAGAUGCGUCUCUGGGCCGAGUACCUGCGCGACAAUGGACGAAACAUGACGCUUAUCCGCCAGCCGACCUUCCACAAGCUCAUCCGCGUUGGUCUGCCUAAUCGACUGAGAGGUGAGACUUGGGAGUUGACGUCCGGAUCGAUCUACCUCCGACUCGAGCACCCGACACUGUAUGCCGAAACCUUGGCCAAAUAUGAGGGCCAAGAGUCUCUCGCUAUCGACGAGAUCGAAAAGGACCUAAAUCGAAGCUUGCCAGAGUAUCCUGGCUUCCAAAGCGAAGAGGGCAUCGGCCGUCUCCGCCGUGUGCUUACAGCCUACAGCUGGGUGAACCCUGACGUCGGGUACUGCCAGGCAAUGAACAUUGUCGUUGCGGCAUUGCUCAUCUACAUGUCCGAGACGCAGGCAUUCUUCUUGCUGUCUUCCAUGUGCGACAGGCUAGUACCAGGAUACUACUCUACGACAAUGUACGGAACUCUGUUGGACCAAAAAGUCUUUGAAUCACUUGUUGAGAAGACAAUGCCUAUUCUAUGGGAACAUCUGGUGAAGAGCGAUGUCCAGCUUUCGGUCGUGUCAUUGCCUUGGUUCCUGUCACUAUACAUCAACUCGAUGCCACUGGUUUUCGCUUUCCGAGUUCUGGACGUCUUCUUCGUUGAGGGACCGAAAGUCCUGUUCCAAAUAGGACUCGCCAUCUUGAGGAUCAACGGCGAGGAGCUUCUGGAUGCCACAGACGACGGCGCCUUCAUCUCCGUUCUCAAGGGCUAUUUUGCUCGUCUCGAUGAGUCGGCACACCCAAAGUCGGAGAACCCAAAGCUGCGUGCCGUAACCAAGUUCCAAGAGUUGAUGGUGGUAGCGUUCAAAGAAUUCUCAGGCAUCACCCACAGCAGCAUCACGGACCUGCGGUUGAAGAACAAGGAUGCCGUGCUUAGCAACAUUGAGAGUUUUGCAAAGAGAACAGCCCUUCGAAAUUUGGGCCCCGACAGCAAGCUCCUUGCCGCAGAGGAGCUGGGCGCUUUAUACGAUCGCUUCUAUACAAUUUUGUACGAGAGACAACAACGAGAAAGCAUUAUUCAGCAGGAGAAGCAGCGUCGUGCGAAGAACGCACGGCCUAGAGCGCGGGAUGUGUUUGAACCCAACGACGAACACGUCGAAAAGGGGCGAGUGGCCCUCGGUGCUAGCACCAGCCUGAUGGAUUACGAUGCAUUUAGAGAAUUCCUCGCCAACAUGGCAAAGUGGGCGAUGUCCGACUCACCUACUACACCUCGCCGCGACACAUUCGCCGAUAAGGAUAGGAACGCCUACACAAGCCGUCGUCAAAAUAAUGGUUUCCUUUCCCCAUGGGGCUCGGGCCCAGAACCUGCCGACCACGAAUUCAUGCAGCAACUGUUCAAAAAAUGGGAUGUCAGCGGUGCCGGUGUGUUGACCCUGGCUGAUGUAGUGUCAGGGUUUGCCAGAAUCAAAGGCAAGAAGGACAUUAUGGGAACGAUUACGUAUUUCUUUGAACUUUACGACGACGAUGGCGAUGGCAAGGUUGACCGUGAGGGUAUCUUGCGCAUCUCUGAAGCGCUUCUCUUCCUAUCCAGAAGAGGACUCGAGGGCUCAUUAAGCCCGAGUGCCUCUACGCUCACGCUCAGCACGCCGACUGGCCAGGGCAGCGAGCCAAGCUUACCUGGUAUCUCGACCAACGAAAGAUUCUUGGGUAGUGUCAGCGCAUUUAUCAGAAGAUGCUUUGAAUAUGCCGACCCGGACCACCCCAACAACAAAAUCCACGAAGAAGAGGAGCCGAAAUCUACGGAGAAUAGCGAGGCAUUUGCCAUUGGCGACGAUGAGGAUGAAGAAGACCUUCUUGCCAUGGAUUCGCCUCCAGGUAGUCCAAGCAAGGCAAAGAAGUCGUCGUCCGAGUCACCAUCAUCACCAGCUGAAGAGAAAACUUCUGCCGCCGGGCAAUCACAGCGACGUGUCUCAAAGGCGCAGUCAGAAGCGGCCAAUGCUGCUUUGGACCCUGCGAACCCGCUACACAUGACGCUCCCAACGUUCCGCAUGGUUGUUCUCGCUGAUGAACUUCUCGAGCAAUUUUUCGAGUCAUCUUUCCCCACCUCAUUCCACCUCAUCGAGGGUCUACCAACAGUGUCGACACCCACGUCGACCCUUACUACCUUUUCCAGUCUCAACUUCGGACGUGCACCCGUCGCAGCUCUCAAUCCUGCAGCACAAGGGGCGACCCGUGGCCUACGCGGUGUGUUGGACAACAUCGUCACGGAUGGAAUGCGUGUGGCUGCAGAAGUCCGUCGGAGGAUGGAGGAGGCUCAAAAGGAGUUGGAAAAGAACGCUGUGCCUGGGCAACAAAGAGACGUCGAAGAUGAAGAGGACGAUGCGGACAUUGGAGUCGAAAUCGGCAUCAGAAAAGGCACGGCCAGCGGAAGCGCGGAUAUCGAGAGACGGAGUGUACGGAGUGAAGACCGUGACCUUCUCGACGGGGCAGACGCCGAGGCUGGUGCCAACAAUGGUAGCAGCAAGGAAGGACAGCUGGUGGACAUUGAGCCCACAAACCGGAGCGAGACGAAUGCCAAGGGUGUUGUUGAAUUUGAGGGCUGA